CUGAGCGCUCGGCGGGAGACCGGCGUGCUUUUGCGUGAUUGCUCCGCCCCUGUGGCCUCUGUUCUCAGGCGCUAGGGGUUGGAGUUCCCGCCAGGUCAGGGCUGGGCGGAAGCGAUGCUGCCCGGCCCACCUCGGCUGUGAGGCCAGAGGAGCGUCCCAGACCCCUUUCAGUUUGUCCACGGCUUCGAAUCUCGGACAGCCAUGGCCACGGGGUUCUCCUUCGGGUCCGGGACUCUGGGCUCCACCACCGUGGCCGCCGGCGGGACCGGUACGGGUGGCGGUUUCUCCUUUGGGACCGGAGCGUCUAGCACCCCUUCUUUGGGGCUCAAUUUUGGAACUCUUGGAAGUACCACGACACCAGCAACUACAUCUGCUCCUUCUGGUUUUGGAACUGGACUCUUUGGAUCUAAGCCUGCCACUGGGUUCACUCUAGGAGGAACGAAUACAGGAAUAGCAACAACUAUAGCUUCAGGAUUAACUCUGGGAACGCCAGCUACUACAUCUGCAUCCACCACAGGCUUCAGUUUAGGAUUCAAUAAACCGGCAGCAUCUGCAACACCAUUUGCUCUGCCUAUCACCUCUACCUCAGCUAGUGGUCUUACUCUUUCAUCUGCUCUGACAUCAACCCCAGCAGCAUCUACAGGAUUUACUCUAAAUAAUUUGGGAGGAACGACAUCUACAACUACAACUUCAUCUACAGGCCUUUCUUUAGGGGGAACCCUAGCUGGUUUGGGAAGUUCACUUUUCCAGAGUACAAACACAGCAGCGUCAGGACUUGGACAGAAUGCUUUAGGUUUGACUUUGGGAACGACAGUAGCCACUUCAACUGUAGGCAAUGAAGGCCUUGGUGGUAUAGAUUUUAGUAGCUCAUCAGAUAAAAAGAGUGAUAAAACAGGAACAAGGCCAGAGGAUAGUAAAGCACUGAAAGAUGAAAAUCUACCUUCUGUCAUUUGCCAGGAUGUUGAAAACCUCCAGAAAUUUGUGAAGGAACAAAAACAGGUUCAAGAAGAAAUUAGUAGAAUGUCUUCAAAAGCAAUGCUUAAAGUACAAGAAGAUAUUAAAGCUCUGAAACAGCUUCUGUCAUUGGCUGCCAGUGGAUUACAAAGAAACACUCUCAAUAUUGACAAACUGAAAAUAGAAACUGCUCAGGAGUUAAAGAAUGCUGAAAUAGCUUUAAGAACCCAGAAAACACCACCUGGACUCCAACAUGAAAAUACAGCUCCUGCUGACUAUUUCAGAAUCUUGGUUCAGCAGUUUGAGGUACAGCUUCAGCAGUACAGACAGCAGAUUGAAGACCUAGAAAAUCAUCUUGCCACUCAAGCAAAUAAUUCACAUAUAACUCCUCAAGAUUUGUCAAUGGCUAUGCAGAAAAUAUAUCAAACAUUUGUAGCUUUAGCUGCACAACUUCAGUCUAUUCAUGAAAAUGUAAAGGUGCUCAAAGAACAAUACCUUGGCUAUAGGAAAAUGUUCUUGGGAGAUGCCGUAGAUGUGUUUGAGGCCAGGCGGGCAGAAGCUAAGAAGUGGCAGAAUACACCCAGAGUUACCACUGGACCCACGCCCUUCAGCACCAUGCCAAAUGCAGCAGCCAUUGCCAUGGCUGCAACACUUACACAGCAGCAACAGCCUGCUACAGGGCCACAGCCAUCUCUGGGAGUUAGUUUUGGAACGCCAUUCGGCUCAGGUAUUGGCACUGGCUUGCAAUCAAGUGGCUUAGGUUCUUCAAACCUUGGAGGAUUUGGAACUAGCUCUGGUUUUGGAUCCAGCACCACAGGGGCCUCCACAUUUGGAUUUGGAACAACAAAUAAACCCUCAGGAAGUCUUAGUGCAGGGUUUGGCAGCUCAAGUACAUCUGGGUUUAACUUCAGCAAUCCUGGCAUCACGGCAUCAGCUGGUUUGACUUUUGGGGUGUCCAAUCCUGCAUCUGCAGGUUUUGGAACAGGAGGACAACUCCUUCAGUUGAAGAAACCUCCAGCUGGAAACAAAAGAGGAAAAAGAUAAACAUGGGUGGAUGUUUUGAGAGAAUCCUUAGCAGCACCAUUCAUUCUAUGAGUCUGUUUUUCUAGGGAUGCAGCAGUUGAAUUGCAUCCCAGGAGAUUUAUAAAGUUUUGAUAUUUUUCCCUACUCUGGAAUUUGAAUGUUGUUUGCCAUACUGAAUAUCUUUUUUCUUGUGAAUUUAAAAUCUGGCUGUGUUUUUUCCUUGUUAUUUUUGAUUCUCUAUGUAAGAAAUGUUGUAAUUACAUCACUAUCAGUAGUGGUAAAAAACCAUUAGUCUAAAACCUAUUAUUUAACCUAAUGUUAAUAGUAAUGUCAUUGUUCAUAAGGUUUACAUUCUGUGAAUAUAUACACAUUGGUUUCUUACACAGAUAGUAUGAAGUCCAGGGCCUAUUCUAGAAUUAGUUUGUUCCUUGAUACAGGCCUUUUAAACGACACUGCAGGGCAUCUUGUGAAUGAAUAUAUAUGUAAAUAUAUACAGAAUAAAACAAUUGUGUGUGCAUAUAAAAUAUAUAUUUACAGACCUAAAACUUUUGCCUCAGACUGUUCUCCCUUUUCAAGGGUAUUCAAUUUUUCAACUUUUACACUUCCAAUCCUCACUGCUUAUAGAAUGAUGAGCUAGAGAUAUUUCCUCUCAUUUAAUAUGUUUGCUUAAAGACUUACUGAAUGGUUACUGGUGUAGAUAUGUGACCGAGUCGCCCCAGUCUUUUCCAUUUUUGUUUCCAUCUUAACCUUUAGCAGCUGCUCCAAAUGAGGAAUGCUAUAAGACUCAUCAAACGGAUUUUAACAGCUUUUAUAUGUAUUUUCAUAUUGCUUCUGUGAGAUCUUGCAUAUCUGAGAUGGACGUUCAGGAGCAUACAUAUUUGAACUCCAGACUGGUGUUCUGGGGGCAAAGAGCUAUUAAGCCAAAUUGAUUCUAUGCAGGUGAAGGAUGCACUAUUACUUUAAGUGAAAACUUUUCUAACUAUUCCAAUUCAGAGUUCUUUCUUAUAGGGCUAUUGAUACUGACACCAAAUGGAGUGGCUUCUCAGCCUCUUAAAUGUCUUAAGUAAGUGCUUAAUUUGGAAUAGAGAAACAGUAUAUUUUAAGACAGAAAAAUAUUCUUUGUAGCAACUCUACUCUCCCUAGUUGUAACAGUGAACAGAGCUCCAGGUACAGGAUAGACAUGUCAGGUUGCAUCUGUGUAAUAUUUAUCUAUAUUCCCACUAGUGGUGACAGGUGGGUAAAAGAGAAUGUUAGUCACAAUUUCAAGAGAGAAACCGUUAAGUACACAAGCCAAUUUAUCUUUCAGGUACAGUUUGCAGAUGGGAUAUAAACACGGUAUUUCAUUGAAAACAGUUUAAUUUUUUAUACAGAAAGUUUUGUACAUAAUGUACAUCAGUGACUAUUUUCAGAAUCAUUUUCACCAACGUACCUUUUUUUCUAAAAUAGGUAUUGCAUAUAUAAAUAUGUAUACACAUAUAUAUUUUUAGUAUAUCACUAGUUGGGUUUGAUUAUAAAAGUGCUGUCAGAUCUGUUUUUAUUUAUCUGCAUACUGCAAUGAUUGGCUUUUUUGAAUGGAAACUUUUGCACCUUUCUGCAUUAAAAUUAGGAAAAUUAUUUGUCUUUGAGCACUAAACUUGUUUUAUUCUUGCAUAUUUCUGUAAUAUGGUUAUCUUCAGAUCCAGAUCAUGGGAGAGGUUAGGAAAAAGGGUGUGAUUUUGUAUCAUUGUCAGAGUUAGGACACAAUUAGAAAACUUUUUAAAAAGGCAUUGCAUUGUACUGCAAAAAUCUGAAUAUAUAUAUUUUUUUCUUUAUAUAUUUUACUCUUUAAUAUGUUGAACCACUGGAAAUUUGUAAAAGAUUAAUUUGUGAUGAGUUUAAGUGUUGUCAUUGUCUCCAUUGUCUUCAUUUUGUCUAGAGCCUAUUAUAGAAACAAUAAAAUUUAUUGUGUCAGUGGCUUUGA